AUGAAAGACCCAGAUAGACCGUUUUUGUUCAUAUUUUCUAUAGGUUGCCCGUCUGGAUACACUACAUACAAGGGUGUAUGCUUCAAGGCAUACAAUCAAAGCAAAACCUACACUCAGGCCGGAAAGGUGUGUGCAGAGGACGAGGCGCUCCUGGCCAUGCCGAAGGACAGAGACGUGGACGACUUCGUGAGAGAGCUGAAGAACGCCGUGGAUGAAACCUCCCAUUUCUGGUUUGGCCUAAACGAUCCGAACGACCAGAGUGAGUGGGUGUGGGCAGACGGGACUCCACACGGCAUCAGGUCUGACUGGAACCGCUGGCAGCUCGGGGAACCUAACGGCAACGAGGGAGAAAACUGCGCGAACUACUAUGGUUCAGGCUGGAAUUACGCGCCGUGCUCCUCUGCUUACAAGUUUAUCUGCCAGCUGGAUAAAACAAUCGACUGCUCUCUGGGACAUUUCCGCUGUGGACACAGACAAGCCUGUAUCCUAUCCUGGAAGCGGUGUGACGGGAUCCCGGACUGCACGGACGGGAGUGAUGAGGAGGGCUGUGUGUGCCGGCCAAUCCCUAGGGGUUUUGAAAUCGACAGCAGGCUUGCAAUCCUACCGAAUCAGCUGGGUCAUACGACGUUUGAGGAGAUACAGAAUUCCUCCCUCGUGGAGCUGCUCAACAGUUCGCAAAGCAUCCCGGGAAAGUAUCACCCUGAGAUAAGGACAUUCUUGUCGAGAGUCCUUUUCCCACAAUGCAAUGUCUCCGAAGAAAAUAAGACUCAGUGCUCUUCGCUCCUAAAUGCAGCCAACAUGGACUCAUGCAUGGGAACACAGCUGGUGCCAUGCCGCUCGUGGUGUGAAGAAGUGCUCCACAUGGCUGAUGACUGGAUAAAGAACCAGCUGCCGCGAUGUGACCUGUUUCCUUCAUCCGAUCACAACUGUUGGAAUCCCAAACCAGCCAAGAAAGGAAGCGAAGUUUGCUACCACGGAACUGGCAUGAACUACCGUGGCACAUGGAGUAAAACGACAUCCGGAGCAGAUUGUGUGGAGUGGUCAGCUGCACAAGCUGGUUACUACAAGACAAAAUUCCCUUGGGCGAACCUGAAUAACAACUACUGCCGCAACCCUACAGGUCUAGAGCGGCCAUUUUGUUUGACCGAAGGAGGUAGCCAGGCGGAAUGUGACGUCAUCCCGUGUGGUAAGUUGUCGUGCUGCUGGGACAGGGGUCCUCCGAACUACGGCAAGAGAAGCCCCAAUAAGAGGUUCUACUACGUAGAAGAAAAGGUCACGUAUUCGUGCAACGAAGGCUACACACUCAAGUCCGGUUACACUAGUGAAGUGAGGUGCAUCGAAGGAGGCAAUUGGCAAUAUGACAAGCCCCGUUGCUCAGUGAACCACAGACAAAGGCUGCAAAAGGAUCUACUGGAGAUUUCCAGUGCAGGCCUGCCACCUGAGAAUGUCAUCGUCAACUUUAAAGGAUCUGUGGAACAAGUUGUCGACUUGGAUGAAAAGAAGGAGCAACUUGUUGCGUCUGUCGUCAUCGAUUUCACAUGGCAGGACAGCCGACUGAAUUGGGAUCCGAAAUACUACGAUAACGUCACCACGCUAAGCGUUCGCGGCAGCGACAUCUGGGCACCGACGUUGAUUCUGAAAAGAAAUGCUGAUCCGGUCUACAAAGGCCUAGAAAAGAAUGUGCCGGUCCGAAUGAGCCGCAGUGGUCUGGUAGAAUGGCGUGUAGAAACCCUGACCACCACCGUAUGUGAUGCAGACCCCUUCUUCUUCCCUGCAGACAUCAUGGAAUGCGACAUAUGCUUUUCCGCAGCCACAGCAAUUGCGCAAACCAUCCAAUGCGAAGGGGGAAGGUCUGCAGACAAUAUGGGAAACAGUCCCUGCAACUCUUACUCCGCUGCAAAAACGGAGGGCGAAUGGUAUCGAAAGGACAAGAUCUUCGCGAAAGACAACAGGGAGGCGUGCCUUGCUGUUCAUCUGUCCAGGAUUCCACUGUUCCACAUCGCCACUACUGUAGGACCCUGCGUCAUCCUGGUGGUACUGAUGACGAUCACAUUCAUGAUGCCCUUGGACAGGGGCGACCGGAUCGCGUUCGGAGUGACCAUUCUACUCUCCAUGGUCGUGUCUCUCGUGUUUGUGACAGACGUACUUCCUGUCAAGGGGGCAUUACCUCUUUUCGCUACGCUAAUCAUCUUGUGGAUGGGGCUGAUGGGAUUAUUCCUAUUCUUCACUCUGAUCAUCAUCAUCAUUCACGACAGGGAGGGCAGCCUGUCUCCGACCGCGAAGAUUAUUUUUCUUCGUUAUAUUUCAAAGAUGCUGCUGUUGGGUGAUCUAACAAAGCAGAAGCGUGCAGGCGAUGGAGAGGCUGACCUGACCAACCACCCUGGCAUAGAGAUGACCAACUACGCCUUCCAAACGGAUGACAUGGUCGAAGAAGGGAGACCCGGUGAUGAUAACAUACGGACCGGGCAACCAUCAACGCCUCCUGCACCUACAGACCUGGAGGCCACCGGUUCGUCUGACCUUCUCGAGCUGAUCUCUUGCGUAAAAGAGGUAAGGAACGAGAUAAAGGGGCUGACUAGGGCGGUUAAUAACCAAACAGAGGAGCUGACGAAGGCCAUGAACAACAAAGAGGAUGUGUCCGACUACACCCUGCUGGCUAAGGUCCUGGACAGGGUGUGUCUUGUCAUGUACGUCAUCAGCAUCGCGGCAAUCGUUCCCAUGACCAUGUAUUUGAGCAAGUAAAAGUUUGGCAAGAACGUUUAUAAUCUUGUUUUGUAGUUUGAU